AUGGCAGACGCUUGCGCCUUCUCUUCGUUAAAUGGUGGUUUUUCUUUUCGCUCGAAAACCAGAUUUAUAUACAGUGCAGUGUAAUUAAUAAAGUUCUUUUAACAAUAGUGAUUGAAAAUUGUGCUAUAGAAGAUUCUCCUUCAAGAAACGGACGAAUUUUGCUUUAUUUAAAGUGCUCAUUGAGCGGAGGAAAGACUAUUUUGUAACAUUUUUAACCCCUUCAUGGUUCAACAUGAAUGAUUAUUCAGCGGUCGCUCCGCCUCAAAAUUUCUCUCAGAGUUCGGCAUUUGCCGCUGCAUUACAGCGCGCCAAACAGAUCGCAGCCAAAAUCAAUCCUGGAGGCACACAAAAUAAUCAAGAUGGAAAAUUAAAACGUCCACUGGAAGACAGUGCAGAACCUGAGGCCAAAAAAAUGGCACCGCUAGUAGCGGAUCCUUUAGCUGGUAUUCGUGGUGGUCCCGCAGUGGCAAUGACAGAUCCAAAUAUUCAAACUAGAUCCGGACAAUCACCUCCAAUUUCCGUUGGCAUGGGUGGUAUUUGCAACGAAGAUAUUAGAGUUCCUGACAAAAUGGUUGGCUUGAUAAUUGGACGAGGUGGAGAACAAAUAACAAGGUUGCAAAGUGAAACAGGAUGUAAAAUACAAAUGGCCCCAGAAAGCGGUGGUCUACCAGAACGCAUUUGCACUCUAACAGGAUCGCGAGAUGCUGUCAAUCGAGCGAAGGAUCUUGUGCUGUCGAUUGUGAAUCAACGUAGCCGAACAGAAACGGGAACACCAGGUGAAUUAAAUGUCAACAUUGGUGCACCGCCUGUUGGAGGAGGUCUAUUACUUGGAGGUGGAGGAGGAGGUGGUGGAGGUCCACAACAACCGGCGCCAUCGUCAACGCCAAUGAUGGGUGGUCAUCCUGGUUUUGUUGAAAUUAUGAUUCCCGGGCCAAAAGUUGGUUUGAUCAUUGGAAAAGGAGGUGAAACGAUUAAGCAUCUUCAGGAGAAGUCGGGUGCAAAAAUGGUUGUUAUUCAGGAAGGACCGAAUCAGGAGCAAGAAAAACCCUUGAGAAUUACGGGUGAUCCACAGAAAGUUGAAUAUGCAAAGACAUUGGUGUAUGAAUUAAUAGCGGAAAAGGAGAUGCAAAUGUUUAAUAGAGGUCCACGUGGUGGUGGUGGCGGUGGUGGUGAUCGAGGUGGAAAUGGAGCCGGAGGACCCGGUAAUUUCAACAAUGACAAUAGCGGUGGAAAUUCUGGAUCAGGUGGUUUUAAUCCGGGACCACCAAAUGGCGAAGGUGUUGAGAUUCUUGUUCCGCGAGCUGCCGUUGGUGUUGUCAUUGGCAAAGGCGGAGAUAUGAUAAAGAAAAUACAGGCCGAAACUGGCGCGCGUAUGCAAUUCCAACAGGGAAGAGAGGACGGUCCAGGCGAUAGGAAAUGUCUCUUGUCAGGAAAGGCUCCAAAUGUCGAACAAGCUCGACAACGAAUUCAAGAGCUCAUUGACAGCGUAAUGAGACGAGACGACGGAAGAAAUCCAAUGGGUGGUGGAAGAAAUGGUCCACGUGGGAAUGGAUUUGGAGCCGGUGGACGGCCAAAUGAAUAUGGAGGUUGGGACAGACGUCAGGGCGGUGGCGGUGGUCCAAUGCAGGAUAAGGUUGAAACAACCUUUACAGUACCUUCGACAAAAUGUGGAAUUAUCAUUGGAAAAGGUGGAGAGACUAUUAAACAAAUUAAUAUGCAAACUGGAGCGCAUUGCGAAUUAGAUCGGCGAAAUCAGAGCAAUGAAAAUGAAAAGAUCUUCAUCAUACGCGGUAAUCCAGAGCAAGUUGAACACGCCAAGAGAAUAUUUAGUGAAAAAUUGGGAAUGGCUCCGGGUGGACAAGCAGCGCCUUACGGACAGCCAGGACAAGGUGCGCUUGGUUACAAUCCAAGUUGGAACGCAAAUCCAGGAUAUCAAGCUUGGCCUAGUCAACCACAACCGAGCGAUCCUUCCGCUAAUCCAAAUCAAGCGCCAGUUCAAGUAAAUCCCCAGACUGGACAGCCAGAUUACAGUGCACAAUGGGCAGAAUAUUAUCGAUCAUUGGGAAUGCAUCGGGAAGCAGAGAUGAUCGAACAACAAGCGAAGCAAGGAAAAACUGAUCUUAAUUCACAAGGAGGGGGAGGAGCGAAUCCGCCAAAUCCAGCAGCAGCGGCAGGUGCAGGACAAACACAACAGCAACCGCAAGCACAGCCACAAGCACAGCAAAGUGCUGCACAAAAUGGAGGACAAGCCGACUAUAGUGCACAAUGGGCUGAAUAUUACCGAAGCAUUGGAAAAAUAAAGGAAGCGGAAGCAAUUGAGUCACAAAUGAAAGCUGGAAAGAUGGGAGUGCAAAAUAAUCAAAUGGCACAACCACAAAUGCAACCGGCAAUGCAGGCACAACCAGCUGGACCACAAAGCGCAACACCGAAUGCAUUUCCUCAAGCUUAUGGAAAUUAUCCGGGAAUGAAUGCCGGCGGUGCGCCUGCUUAUUAUGGUGGAGCGGCAAAUUCCGCGGGUCAACCACAACCAGGACAACAAAAUCCGUCUUUCCCAACAGGAUAUCAAAAUUAUCCUUAUCCACAGCAAAACUCCGAAAACUGAGCGAAAGGCCAAUAAAAACAUAAUAAUCACUGAAAAAGGCCAGUAACAGAGUCAGAGAUCUUGUCACUGGAUGAUGCAAAGGAAGAGCAGAUCUUCAGUAUUACAAAUAUUUCACACAAAAGAAAUGAAGCUCUGUUUCAAUACAAUUUUCAGCUCAAAGUCAAUCCAAUUCUUAAGACCGUUUAGAUUAUAAGAAAAUGUCUCUGAAUUCAUUAAAAAAAAACAUAGUCAAUAAGCGAAAACUAUCGGAUUGUGUGCGAAACGAUUUUUUAUUCAUAUUUUUUAGAAAUAUUUUUACUGUCAAUAUAGAUGGACAAUUUUGUUUUUUUUGUCAAGUUUCGAAUAAAUUUUUUUGAUGCAUACAAUCCUCUAGUUUUUAUUUCCUGAAAAUUAAGUAAAAAAAAAAUGUAAGCGUUUCAAAAAAGAAAUAAUUUUCGUCAAUCAAUUUCUAAUGCGCAUUUUUUUCCGAAUGUAAACGAGCCUAUUGUAAUAUUUUUCUCUCUCUUUUUUGCUAUACUUAUUAUCAUUGUUAACGAAUUUGUAUCUUCUUUUACUUAUUUACAAGUCAGCCAUAAUUGUGGAGUUUACUCCCAAAACAAACAAAAAAAAUAUAAUAAAUAUUUAAUUCUCGACGGUAAUCAAUUCGUUCCUUAAGGUGAUAUAUAAUUUUUAUACGCAAGCUUCCUUCUUUUCGAAAAUAGUAAUACCAAAUUAUGGUGAAUUUAUAGAAAAUAUUUCAUGAUUUGGACGAAAUCAAAUUAAGUGUUCGGAAAUAAUUUUUAUAUUAUUCUUUCGAAAAUUAUCAAGAAUAUCUUCCCAAAUCAUUAAUAUUGUGUAGUAUUUUUUCAUUCUUCUUUCAUUUUUGACAAUUGUACAAUGUGCAGCAUUUGCUUCGAUAAAAUAAUACUCAGUUUGAGAUCGUAAAUACAUUAUUAAAAAGUUA